AUGCUGCAUGGCAGAAAAUUGACCUUAAUCACUGAUCAUAAACCUUUAUUAUCAAUUUUCGGAUCUAAGAAAGGUAUACCAGUUUAUACGGCAAACCGCCUCCAACGAUGGGCUACAAUGCUAUUGGGUUAUGAUUUCGUUAUCAGAUACAAAUCUACCUCUGAUUUUGGCCAUGCUGAUGCAUUAUCGCGCUUAAUAAGCAAUCAUAAGCUUGAAAACGAAGAUACUGUUAUCGCUUCUAUAUCAGUGGAAGAAGAUGUAAGCAGAAUGUUGUUUUAUUCAACACAAAUUCUUCCAGUGACAGCUUCUCGAAUCGCUGAACACACUCGCCGCGAUCCUAUCUUAAGACCAUUAUCUACAUUUAUCCAGCGUGGUUGGCCCCCACGUAUAACAUCUCAUGAACUGAAACAGUAUUAUCAACGACGCCAAUCUUUAUCCAUCGUAAAUGACUGUAUUAUGGUUGCUGAUCGCGUAGUGGUUCCGUAUAACUUACGCUCACUCGUCCUGAAACAACUGCAUACAGGUACUGGAAGAAUGAAAGCUAUUGCUCGAAGUUAUGUAUAUUGA